CGCCAAGUUGAGUCGUCUUAUUAUCCUCACGGUUCAAAAUUUCUAAGUUUUUUCUUACAACAAUGCGACUCCAUCACGUUGUACUUGUCGCAGUAGCGAUCCUCUGCCACCUGCUUAAUGCAGCAUCCGCGCAGACCGUUUGUUCCCUUCUGUACAAGGGGGGAAAUUACUCUGGGGACAAGUUUCCCAUGCUGGACGGCGCCUAUUUCACCAACCUGGAGGAAGAGCACUUCACCGUGGACACCGUUUGGAACGAUACGGCAUCAUUUUACCUCGAACCCGGCUGCGUGUUGAGGACCUGUAACGACACGAACUUCAUGGGGGAGUGUAAAUCACAUCGACACAGCCAAAUUCAACCUGGAGAACACUUCCUCUCGGCGAGUUGCGAAUGUAGCAAGAACUGCUCAUGCGCGGACAUCAAGAUGCGGCAGUCCACCUGUGCCCGACUGUACUUUGAAGGCUGCAACUUUUGUAAUCCUCCGUACACAGAUUUUGUCGGCUCUAAACCCACUUUUCAUAAAGGAUUUCAGACUGGGAAGCAAACAAUUAAAGUGCGGAGUGGGUGCACGUUGACCAUCUUUCCACAGGAAGACCACGACGGAGACGAGAUCGUGGUGGAUGACUCGGAAGACCACUGGAAUUAUGAAGGGACAAUUGGCUCGUACACGUGCGAAUGUGACCAAACCCGGUAUAUUCCACCCACGCGACCUCCUCGACCACCAACAUAUCCGAAAAUGAUCACUAUUCCGAGCACGAUUGAGGAAGUAAGUCGAAUGAUUCAGGGAAAAGCAGGUCGCCAUCCUGGACUCCUCGCCGCCAUGAAUUCUGCCAAAAAUAAACGAAGCACUAGCAACGCCUACAUUAUCACUUUGGGAUCAACAGGUUCCGGAAAAAGCAGCGCGAUUAACCUCCUCUUCGACAACCUUAACGUAACCGCCGUCGGCGGAGUCACCUCGACCACAUCGGACAUUCACGAAUUCCGCAUCCCCAUUCCCAUCGAUGAACUGGGAAUUUCCAACUCUGAACUUCGCGUCAUCGACACGCCGGGUCUCCUUGACACGCGCGGAUUGGAACAGGACGCUAAAUUUCUCGCCACCCUCGACGAAUAUCUCUCAAGCCAUGAAGAACUCCACAACAAAAUCCCAACCGUCGUCUUUAUCUUUCACAAAUUCACAGACAACCGAUUUUCCGGGGUGGGAUCCAUGUUUGUCAAAAUGCUGCGUGGAAUCGAAUCCUUCAAAAAUCGGAUAACAGACGCCUCCUAUUCCAACAUCGUUUUCGUAUUGUCACAUUUCUGUUCGGAAACGGACACCAUAAAAAAUCGGCCAAAGGAACGACUCCUCGAAUUCAAAAAGGUCAUUCAAGAAUACACCAUGUAUCCGAAGCCUAUCGUCAUUGCGGUCGCGGAGAACAAAGCUGCCGAACACAACCUCCCGCUCGUCAACGGCUACUACAAACUGCCCAAUGGCGACCUCUACCCGAGAAAUUUGUUCGACAAGAUUCAAAAAUUGACGCAAAGUUCCGGUGAUGAAAUUGGCGAUGCCGUUAUUCGAACGGCAUUUAGAAAUUCAAAUAAUUUCAAUAUAUCCGGUUCCACUUAUAAACUCGUCUCCAAAGGGAAUAAGAAGGUCUCCGAGUACUAUAAAAUCCUAGUGGAUGCCAUAAUCGAUGCAGAAAAUACCCCAAUUUCACAAAUUUUGGAGAAAUCGUACCAAAAAAUGGACCCCGUUUUGCAGCAAAAAUUUCAAAAUUCACUCCCCUAUUUGCAGAAGGCUUUGAACCUUAGAAAUAUUCGGAGUGAGGAAGACAUUCCACAAACCACGUUGGGAAUUUUGCAAUUAAUGACGUCACUCAGACAGAAUGAGGCGAUAUUAUUUCUUCUGGAGGACGCCUUGAAAAUAUCGCCGCCCGCUUUUCCACUCAAUGUCAUUGCCGGGCAUAGUUUUCACGUCUUUAAAGACCUCCCACUGAGCAGGACACCAUUUCUCUUGGGGGAACCGACCACUUCCGACAUUGGCUACUUGUUCCCCUCCAUCCUCACCUGCUCCGUGGAGAAAAAGGUGACGGACUUCAUCCAGUUCUACCCAACUCGAGAGCAAUAUUUGCAAAACCGUGUGGAAAAAUUGGGAAUUUCCGGUAAAAUCGGGAUUGAUCGUUUCACUGGGGAAAUUCGACCCGGUUUUAACAUCGAAUCGGAAUCUUUUACCGAUUCGGGCUGCGUUAUUACCGCGGUUCGAGAAAUUCGUAUGUUUGAACUCGUCCUCAACGAUAAGCCCGCGUUAUCCGACGCGUUCAAAAAGAUUCUCCUCCAACUCCCCGUUUAUAAUGAGACGGAUCACGACAAUGUCAACGUGUGGGUGAACUUCUUCGAGAAUUAUGGCACCCACGUGGUCAGGUCGGUUUAUGGCGGUGGCGCUAUCGAGAUUACGUUGAGAAGCUCGAAAAAAUGCGAAACUUCCGCCAUUACGAACGCACUUUUUAACGUUAUCCAAUUCGCCGAGGAUCUCGUGUCUAUUAAAGGAUUGAGCAGCGGAAAUAGCACUUCCGGUCUCGUCGUGCGAGACGGAAUCUCUCAUCAGCUCAAGUUUCGAGGUGGCGACGCCAAGUAUCACACGACCGACUUGACAAAAAUGAAUUUAGACGAGGCCUCCACUCUUUUGGCCGAUUGGAAAAAUUCCCUCCAACUAAAUCCAACCAUUUUAACAACAGAAAUGGGUCUCGUACCGAUUGGCGAAAUUGCGAAAAAAGUCGGAACCCGGCAAAACAUCACCGCCGCCGUUGCGACCGCCACUUCGCUCUAUUUCCACUCCGACCUCAAGUACAAACCGAAACCUGUCAAUCAAGUCAUCCAAGGCGACCGAGACUCCGUCCUCCCCGUUCAAUCGAACCAAGGAUUUACCGCAAUUAUUCAAAUGAUGCUCAACCAGACGGCCGAAUCGAAUAAAAGGUUCGAACUAAUGAUGACAAAAUUCGAGACGGAUCGACGCCUGCAGGAAGAACGGAGAGCGAACGAAACCCGCGAACAGCGCGCCUGGGAAAGACACCAGCAAGAAUUUCAGUACAACAUGUCCAGAUUGGAGCAAAACGAGCGUCGCACCCAAGAGGCCGCGAGACAGCAGAAAUUGCUCGAUAUGAUGAACGCCACAGCAGCGGCGGAACAGAACUGGAGAGCCGAACAGGCCAGGCAACAAGCCGCGAUUAACAGCGCACGUGCCGCCCAACAACAAAGAGAUCACGACCUUAUGGUGGCCAUCAUCAAUAAACCCCCACCGCCAUCGUCCUGUUUGAGGAGAGGAACUUUGAUCCACGCGGGCGAAGUGUCCAAGCCCGUGGAGUCCUUGCAAGUGGGGGACGUCAUUUUAGACCACAACCUCAAUCCGACCACCGUCGUGGGAAUUUCGUACGAAUUUUUGCAAUCUCAAGGAUUCCAUGGGUUCGAUAAUGAGACCUUUUUCUUCACCGAGAGUCACAUUUUGGCCGGUCCGACGAAUAAUAAUGAUUCUGGGCUCCAAUUCUACGUGAAAGACAAGCCUCUCCUCCUCAGACAAAAUCCUCUCAUGGAAUUCAUCCCCGUGCAGGAAAUGCAGUAUGGGGAACCAUUCCAAGUUUUAAAACUCGACCCCAAAAACGCUACAUUCCUGGGUAGCGCGACCGUUCAAGUUUACACGGAUCCAUCCCCGCAUUCGGAGGAUGAACUGAUCUACUUUUUGCAGGUGGACAACCCCUCCGGAACUUAUAUCGCGAACGGGUACGUUUGUCGACAUGAAACGCCACCGCUGGACAAGUGGCCGCACGCGAUGGGUGUUUUGUUCAAAAUUUUCUACACGGAGGAGCUCGCUUUCUUUGGCGAUGUUCCGUACACGAUGGAAGUUAUGGAAAAGAUUGACCUGAUUACGGCCGAAGUUGAGGAAGCGCUUGUUAAGGUGGAUUUGAAGAGGUUGAUCUCGUCAGCUGGUGACGAUGACGGGUCAAUUGAGCUACCGUUUGACCCGGAAGAAGCGACCACCGUGCUGCAGGGAGUCUUCAAUAAUCCGACACUCGGCGCAAUGGCGACCAAACUGUAUGCCGCGACGAGCAAGAAAUUAUCGUUGUAUUUUGAUGACGAGAAUGCGCAAGAGUUCGUGGGGCAUGGGUUUAUCGGAAGGGGGCAAGAUUUAAUAUUUAAGGAUAUUCAUGCCCAGUUUGUGACCUCGGUUAAAAAAUAUUUUGAUUUUAGCGCAGAAUAAAAUUUAACUAGUGUGACAAAAAGUUUACGUAUAUUACAAUUUACUAAUAAAUUUCAUUCUUGACAUGUCUAAUUAA